AUGACAAGAAGAAGCAAGGGUCGUCAAAGGAUUGACAUAGCCAAAAUGCAAAAUGAGAGCAGAAAAGUUUACUCCUUUGGCCACCCUUCAGUGGAGUUGUUGGUGGAUAGGUUCCUCGGGAGGAACCUCCCUCCACCAAAUAAUGCAGGUCACCAUAACCAUCUCCUCGUGAAUCAUCGAAAUGCUGGUCUUCGUGAGCUCAAUAAGAAGGUCAUGGACAUGGAGGAGAUAUUCCGGAUGGAGAAAGCUCGUGGUGAAUCCAUACUAGAUAUUAGGAGAGCUAAUGGUGGUUGGUGGGAAGCUCCCAUCAAUGCACUUAACCUCUCCCAACUUCAACAAUUGAUGGAGCCAAUGAAAUUUCUAAAGCAAGACAUUGAAAAAGAAGCACAACAAUUGCAAAUGGUGACUAAUGUUGGACUCCCAUUUCUCACAUUUGGAAGUGCCUUGUCUCCUACUUAUGGUGCUAGGGCAUGUUCUACACAUGGACUCAAUGUUGGUGCAACCUUUGCUAAUAGGGUUUAG